CCGCCAAUUACCUAUUCAAUCCAACAUUCGUAACAAGACGUCAAAGUUUCCUCUCCACCAACCAAUCGUAACCCUAUAAAAAGGUCAUGUGAUCGGACCUCCCGUCGUUUAAAGAGAUUAGUUUCAAAAUCAGUCACUUGUAUCUGUAUUUGUAUCUGAAGAAUGUCUCGCAACAUAUAAAGAAAAGAAAUCUCUUAAGAUGGACUCUUCCGAUGAAGAGAUUGACGUUGUUGAUGAUUUUGAGCCGAAAAUCUUUUUCGAAAAGGAAAAAGAGAGCGUAAAGGUUAACGAUGAAGAGGAUCUCAAGUCGAAAAUUGACUUUGACAGUGAAAUAUUCAAUACGAAUAAAAAGCAGAGAAGAAAUAGAACUACUUUUACAGCCGAUCAAAUUGAACAGUUGGAAAGAGUCUUUCAAACAACUCAUUAUCCCGAUUGUACACUUCGAGAAGAAAUUGCCGAUAGAGUAAGAUUAACGGAAGCGAGAGUACAGGUCUGGUUUCAAAAUCGCCGCGCUAAGUACAGGAAACAAGAAAGAGGUCUACCACUGGGUAAUUCUGACUUUCGACUUCAACGACCUCUAUCGCCUUUCUUGCAACAUCCAUUUUUGCUUCCACGAAACAAUCCAAGUUUUCUCCCAUGGAUUCGUCCACUUCACGUUGAACUACCUCACUUUCUGAAUAUGUUACCACGUUCUAAAUAGACUGUUAAAAUCUCUUAAUAAAAUUUUUUCUGUAUAGUUAACGUUAGCCUCUUAAAAAGAAGAGAGAGAGAGAGAGAGAGAGAGAAAGAGAGUGAGACGGACAGACACACCCAGAGGAUAGAUUUUAUUACUUUUUCAUUCAUUUUAUGAUAGAAAAAAAUUUCAAUUCUUUCGACUAAUUAAUUAUUCGCCAAUUAAAGAAUGAACAGGGAGAAAGAAAAGGGUAAAAGUUGGUAAUUCGCCCUUUUAAUCUUCUUUUACCCGAUCCCUGCCCCUGUUUGUUUGUUUAUUUAUCUUGUUUAUAUCAUAAUAACAGCUUUUGUUUCUUUUUAAUAUUAAUUACAGACGAAGAACAAUACACUUUUUAAUGAAAAA